ACCGGUGUGUGUUAGACGCUAGCCACAUGCAGCCUACGCGGGCCGAAAACAACGCGGGCGAUCAAGGUCGAAGGAGGAGAAGUCGACCCCUGAACUUUUUAUCAGGAGUCAGGAUGGUGACGUCGUGCGAGCGUCGCGCGGUCGCGUGCGUUCUCCUUGCGGUGACCGCCGUCGUGGCCGCAGCGUCGUACGACCGGGAGAGACUUGAGAUUGCCAAGCAGAUCCUGGAAGAGGUGCCCCUUACUGAUGGGCACAACGACUUGCCGUGGAACAUCCGCAAAUUCUUGAGGAACCAGAUCAACGAAUUCGAGCUCGACACCGAUUUGACCAUCGUGGAACCGUGGUCAAUCUCCAAGUACUCGCAUACCGAUCUCCCGCGGCUCAGGGAAGGCAUGGUGGGCGCCCAG